UGUGGGCCCCAGCGCGCUUGGAAUAAAAUCCUCUUGCAGUUUGCAUCAAGACCGCUUCUCGCGCUGGAUUCCCCUGUGUUCUGUGGCCAGUGUCGUUUGCGUGGGGUGAGAGCGGCCUUCGCGAGAAGCUGUCCCGGAGGCCGGGCUGCCUGGCGGGAGAGUGUGGGCUUGAUGGACUCCCUCAUGUUUUCUCAUCAACCCGCUUGGGAUGUCAACAGCUUUUGCAGUUUCUCUUCACUACUGAAGAGCACAAACGCAUCCUCUUGGAAGCCCGCAAGAAUGUCCCCGGCCCAAACUGGCAGCCUACCCAGCUCCCAAAUGAAAUCGAUAUGGGAUUCCCCCUUACCCAACCUGAAUGGGAUUACAACUCGACUGAAGGUAGGGAGUGACUGACAGUCUACCGCCGGGCUCUAAUGGCAGAUCUCAGGGGGCUGCCUGCUGCCCCACGAAUCUGGCUAAGCGCUUGAAGUGGUCAGACACAAGGCCUGGGAACAACUUAAAACAGCUUAUGAGGUUGGAGAUUUAAAGCUCUUCCACAAGUUCCAGGUGGGAGAUGCCGUGCUGAUAGAAGACACCGUGCUGGAAAUUUAGAACCUCGCUGGAAGAGCCCCUACCUCAUCCUACUGACCACACCAACAGCCAUAAAGGUUGAAGGGGUACCUGCCUGGAUCCAUGCAUUUCAUGCUGAGCUCACCUCGCCGCCAGACCCUGAAUGGCAAGCUGAGAGGACGGACAAUCCUCUCAAGCUUAGACUUUGCCGUGUGGCUUCUCCUUCUCCAGCUAAGUGAUGCCUUCAACCCACAUGCCCCCCAAAGGUUGACUUGGCAGGUGAUCUCCCAGACCGGGGAUGUGAUAUGGAGCAUCUCAAAAGAUGCCCCCCCCUGGAGUUGGUGGCCGCCACUGUAUCCAGAUCUCUGUCAGCUGGCAGCAGGCUUAGAAACUUGGGACAUACCUGAGGUAGGCCCCAGGGAGAGCACUCCGGUAUGCCUAUCUGGGAGCUGCCCCUGCCCGUCAAAAGGAAUAGAGGGAAAAAAUUUAGGCUGUAGUCACCCACAACUGAGAGCUGAGCUCCGAAAGCAUGACAUCUAUGUCUGUCCCAGAAAUGGGAGAGAUCGAAGUACAGCUGUCAAAUGUGGAGGGGCAGAACAAUACUUUUGUAAGAGCUGGGGAUGUGAAACAACUGGAACUACCUACUGGAAACCUCAGUCCAAUUGGGAUGCUAUUACCCUUAACCGUGCAUCCCCCUAUGAAAAGGAGACCCCAGGCCUCCAGAAAUCCCAUUGCUCAGGGUCCGAGGCCUCAGGGCACUGCCUACGACCUUUUAGUCCUGGUGGCCACCGCUGUAAACCCGAGGUCUGGACGGGGCAAGGGCCCUGCCUAAGUUUUACAUGCAACCCUCUAAACAUAACCUUUACUGGACCUGGGAAAAAGGCUAGAGACUGGAUCAAGGGGAGACAAUGGGGGUUACGCCUCUACAUGUCUGGCAGGGACGCAGGCCUCCUCAUGACUAUAAGGCUAAAAAUAGAAAGCUGUACAUCAUUGCCCAUAGGACCUAAUCCAGUAUUGGCUGAGCAAGGCCCCCUAGCCCCAUUACCUCCGCAUCUGCAAAAACCUGUGCCUGGCCCCACCACUGUCAAUGUGGUCCCGGAGCCCCCAUCUAUCUCUACUGGGGCCCAUAAGGGAAUGCACCAUCAGCCCCCAGUGGAGACAGGACAAAGAUUAUUUAACCUGGUGCAGGGAGCUUUUCAGGUCCUCAAUGUCACCAACCCGGAAGCCACCUCCUCCUGCUGGCUCUGUUUGUCAUCAGGCCCCCCUUACUAUGAAGGCCUGGCCUUGACGGGAACUUUCAAUAUUUCUGACCAUUCUGAAGGACAGUGCUCUUGGUGGUCUCAAAAUAAGCUCACUCUGACUGAAGUGUUUGGAAGGGGGCUCUGUAUAGGUAAGGUGCCUCCUACCCAUCAGCAUCUCUGCAAUUCUUCUGUAACUCUUAACCAAACAGAGAUAAACAAGUACCUGGUGCCAGGGGAUAAUCUGUGGUGGGCAUGCAAUACCGGACUAACCCCUUGUGUCUCCACUAUGGCCUUUGAUCAGUCUAAACAUUUCUGUGUCAUGGUCCAGCUUGUCCCCCGCAUUUACUACCACCCUGAGGAAGUAGUCAUCGAUGAAUAUGACUAUCGACCCACCCGACUCAAAAGGGAGCCUGUAUCCCUUACCCUAGCAGUCCUGCUUGGGUUAAGGGUGACCGCCGGUGUGGGGACAGGGACCGCAGCCCUGAUCACAGGACCACAACAAUUAGAGAGAGGACUUGGUGAAUUACAUGCUGUCAUUACUGAGGAUCUCCAAGCCUUAGAAAAAUCUGUUAGCAAUUUGGAAGAGUCCCUAACCUCCUUGUCUGAGUUAGUCUUACAAAACCAGAGGGAUCUGGGUUUGCUGUUCCUAAAAGAAGGCGGGUUAUGUGCUGCCUUAAAGGAAGAAUGUUGCUUUUAUGUAGAUCACUCAGGAGCUAUCAGAGACUCUAUGAGCAAACUCAGAGAAAGGCUAGGAAAACGUCACAGGGAAAGGGAGGCUAACCAAGGAUGGUUUGAGGGAUGGUUUAACAAAUCCCCCUGGAUGACCACUCUGCUCUCUAGUCUAAUGGGACCAUUAAUAGUUCUGCUCCUAAUGCUUACAAUUGGACCUUGCAUAAUUAAUAAACUUAUUGCUUUUAUUAGGGAACGAGUGAGUGCAGUCCAGGUCAUGGUACUUAGACAACAAUACAGGGGCCUUCCAAGGCAAGAAGAAACUGAUAUUUAGUCAUUUGGUCCUCCUAAUUCCAAGAUUAGAGUUAAUAAACCCGGUCCCCCUGGAAAAAGACCAAUACGGAAAUAAAGUUCUAGGAUUAGAACUAUUCAGAAAAAGAAGUGGGGAAUGAAAGGCAGGACAGAAAAUUUUAAGAUAAACUUUGUGAAGAAACAGAUGGCUGCUACAAAACAGCUAGGGGGAACCUGAACUUUAUGUUUCAGGAAGAGUAAAACAAAAAUAGGCAGCAGGUGGCCCAAGAUAUGGAUUGGGCCAACAAGUUUCGAGAAAAACAAGAAUGAGGAAACGGUCUCCCAAGAUAGCCUAACCAGGGGCUUAAACUCUAGUUGUGCAAAGAUAAGGUGUGUUGACAUAAAUGUACCAGUAAAGUUGCAACAAAGGUUAACUCUUCCUGCUCUGUAAAUACCCUUGUAAGUCCUUCCCUUCCUGCCCUUGCUAAAGAAACCCUUUAAAAAGAAGCACCCAAAAAUGCUCGGGUCGAUUCCUCUAUCUCCUGCGUGAGAUGUGUUGACCCCAGACAGAGCUCUGGUCUUCCUGAAUAAAGGCUCAUGCUUUUGCAGCAA